UGCGGGCUGCUCCUCUGCCUGCUCCUGGCCCGGGCCAUGCACUUCCCCGACUACUCCUACGUGCUGGAGGAGGAGGAGGAGGAGGACGCGGAGCCCCUGGACUACAAGGACCCCUGCAAAGCCGCCGCCUUCCUGGGAGACAUCGCCCUGGAUGAGGAGGACCUGCAGCUCUUCCAGGUGGACCGGGUGGUUGACCUGGCACGCCACACCAUCACGCGCCUGCCCACCAACUCCUCAGGUACCACCACGGUCCCAGCCCUCCCGGCUGCCUCCGUCCCCGGGGGCAGCAAUGCCACCAGCGCCAGCCCACGGCCGGGCCACCAACCGCGCAGCCGGGGCCGGCAGCGGGCACGGAGCCGCCGCGCCGCCACGUCCCGGCCGGAGAGAGUGUGGCCGGACGGGGUCAUCCCCUACGUGAUCAGUGGCAACUUCAGCGGCAGCCAGCGAGCCAUCUUCCGGCAGGCCAUGCGGCACUGGGAGAAGCACACCUGCGUCACCUUCCUGGAGCGCAACGACGAGGACAGCUACAUCGUCUUCACCUACCGCCCCUGCGGGUGCUGUUCCUACGUGGGCCGCCGAGGAGGGGGACCCCAGGCCAUCUCCAUUGGCAAAAACUGUGACAAAUUUGGCAUCGUGGUGCACGAGCUGGGCCACGUCAUCGGGUUUUGGCACGAGCACACACGCCCUGACCGGGAUGACCAUGUCUCCAUCAUCCGGGAGAACAUCCAGCCAGGGCAGGAGUACAACUUCUUGAAGAUGGAGCCGGAGGAGGUGGAGUCGCUGGGCGAGACGUACGAUUUCGACAGCAUCAUGCACUAUGCCAGGAACACCUUCUCCAGGGGCAUCUUCCUCGACACCAUCCUGCCCAAGUACGACGUGAACGGGGUCCGGCCCGCCAUCGGCCAGCGGACGCGUCUGAGCAAAGGGGACAUCGCCCAGGCCCGCAAGCUCUACCGCUGCCCGGCCUGUGGGGAGACGCUCCAGGACAGCCAGGGCAACUUCUCCUCCCCCGAGUUCCCCAACGGAUACUCUGCCCAUAUGCACUGCGUCUGGAGGAUCUCCGUCACCCCCGGAGAGAAGAUCAUCCUGAAUUUCACCACCCUGGACCUCUACCGAAGCCGGCUGUGCUGGUACGACUACGUGGAGGUGAGAGACGGGUUCUGGAGAAAGGCCACGCUGCGAGGCAGGUUCUGCGGGAACAAGCUGCCCGAGCCCAUCAUCUCCACCGACAGCCGCCUCUGGGUCGAGUUUCGGAGCAGCAGCAACUGGGUGGGCAAAGGCUUCUUCGCCGUCUACGAAGCCAUCUGCGGGGGGGACGUGAAGAAGGACAACGGGCACAUCCAGUCCCCCAACUACCCCGAUGACUACCGGCCCAGCAAGGUGUGCGUCUGGAAGAUCACCGUCUCUGAGGGCUUCCACGUGGGUUUGACCUUCCAGUCCUUUGAGAUUGAGCGGCACGAUAGCUGCGCCUACGACUACCUGGAGAUCCGGGACGGCAGCAGCGAGUCGAGCAGCCUCAUCGGGCGCUACUGCGGCUACGACAAGCCGGAUGACAUCAAGAGCACCUCCAACAAGCUCUGGAUGAAAUUCGUCUCCGACGGCUCCAUCAACAAGGCGGGCUUCGCCGUCAACUUCUUCAAAGAGGUGGACGAGUGCUCACGUCCCAAUAACGGCGGCUGCGAGCAGCGCUGCGUCAACACCCUGGGCAGCUACAAGUGCGCCUGCGACCCCGGCUACGAGCUGGCCUCCGACAAGCGCCGCUGCGAGGCCGCCUGCGGAGGUUUCCUCACCAAGCUCAACGGCUCCAUCACCAGCCCGGGGUGGCCCAAGGAGUACCCCCCCAACAAGAACUGCAUCUGGCAGCUGGUGGCCCCCACCCAGUACCGCAUCUCCUUGCAGUUCGACUUCUUCGAGACCGAGGGCAAUGAUGUCUGCAAAUAUGACUUCGUGGAGGUGCGCAGCGGGCUGACCGCCGACUCCAAGCUGCACGGCAAGUUCUGCGGCGCCGAGAAGCCGGACGUCAUCACCUCCCAGUACAACAACAUGAGGAUCGAGUUCAAGUCCGACAACACUGUCUCCAAAAAGGGCUUCAAAGCCCAUUUCUUCUCAGACAAGGACGAGUGCUCCAAGAACAACGGGGGCUGCCAGCACGAGUGCCUCAACUCCUUCGGCAGCUACGAGUGCCAGUGCCGCAGCGGCUUCGUGCUGCACGACAACAAGCACGACUGCAAGGAAGCUGGCUGCGACCAUAAGGUGACAUCCAUCUCGGGGACCAUCACCAGCCCUAACUGGCCCGAUAAAUACCCCAGCAAGAAGGAGUGCACCUGGGCCAUCACCACCACGCCGGGGCACCGCGUCAAGCUGACCUUCUCGGAGCUGGACGUGGAGGCGCAGCAGGAAUGCGCCUACGAUCACCUGGAGAUCUAUGAUGGCAAGGAUGCCAAAGCCCCGGUGCUCGGCCGCUUCUGCGGAGCCAAAGAGCCCGAGCCCCUCGUCUCCUCCGGCAACAAGAUGUUCCUCAAGUUCGUCUCCGAUAACUCUGUCCAGAAGAAGGGCUUUGAGGCCACCCACACCACAGUCUGUGGGGGCCAGGUCCGUGCCGAGGUGAAGACCAAGGACUUGUAUUCGCACGCGCAAUUCGGGGAUAACAACUACCCGGGGGGCUCGGACUGCGAGUGGGUGAUCAUGGCCGAGGAGGGCUACGGCGUGGAGCUCAUCUUCCAGACCUUCGAGAUUGAGGAGGAAGCCGACUGCGGCUACGACUACAUGGAGCUCUUCGACGGCUACGACGGGACGGCCCCACGUCUCGGUCGCUUUUGCGGGUCCGGGCCCCCGGAGGAGGUCUACUCAGCCGGAGAUUCGGUGAUGAUCCGCUUCCACUCGGAUGACACCAUCAACAAGAAGGGUUUCCACCUUCGCUACACCAGCACCAAGUUCCAGGACACGCUGCACACGAGGAAAUGAGGGCCGGGGGUCCCGGCCCCCCCACAGGCAGGGGAGGAGGAGGAGGAGGGCAGGGAGGAAGGAAGGGGGGAGCGCUGCCCCGCACAGACUGCACGGAGGAGCACACAGCCAA